AACUUCCUAAAAGGGGCAGAAAAAAUGCAACCCAACCCAGCCUCAACCGCAAGUCAAUGUCACAUUGGCUCCUUCGUCUGCGUCUCCACUAGCGUCUCUGCUCCAGUACAUGCCACAGCGGUGGAUUAAAAUGCGCCAAAACUACAACAACAACAAUAACAGCAAACAGCUGAGACUGCCGCAGCGCAGCAGCCGCACAACAAACUUAUGAAAAAUCAAUACAACAGCAGGCAAAGCCGCAAAAACGUCAACAGUCGACACUGACACAGACAGGGCUGUGCACGCGCGCUCCUCCACGCCCACUUUUUAACGCCUCUAUUGUUGUUUAUGUGUCUGCUUAAAAUAGCAAAAAAUUAUGCACUAAAAAGCCGCCUCCAUAUGUUGCAGAACGGAAUCGGAAACAGAAAGAAAUAAAAACUGAAAGCCAAUAAUAACAAUCUACAAGCCCACUAACCAUCCCAACUAACUAAGCAACUAACCGUACCGUAAUAAACGAUAAUGGUGGAUGCCAAACCUCCGCCCACACCAGGCACGCCCCCCGUCGCCGCCGCAGCGACCGCCUUCGCCGGCGAACGUUCCAAAAUCAAACUGUUCAUGGAACGUACCCCCAGCAUUGGUGCCCUCAAGUCAAAGUUUUUAACCGUGCUAGGCAAUAGCAAUGAGCUACUCAAUGGCAUAUCAAAUAAGUUGACACUCAGCAGCAGCAGCAGCGAUUCGGAUUACUGUGACGAUGAUGACGAGGAUUUGCCGAAGUUUGAUGAGACAAUCGACUAUACGAAAAUCGACUUUGAGGCACGACGAGUGAAGGCGAGACGCGCACAUGAGGAAAUUAUUUCGGGCCGCUAUAGGCAACCCAAUUUGGCGCCACGACCUCGACUGGAGCACACUCGUGGUCGCAAUGCACACAAAACUGGCGCGGGAGGCGGCGCCUUGCGUGACAGCACUCCCUCGUCCAGCUCGACUUCCAGCAGCGAUGACAGCUCAUCAAUCUCGCUGCCCGGCCAAGUGGGCGCCCGCUCCCACAUCAGCAGCACGACGCGUUCCAACUCCAUAGAGUCGCGCCACUCGGGCGGCUACGAGCGGCCACGCGCCAUAGCCGGCGCUCGACGCAGCGAGCUGGACAUGCAGAAGGAUACGCAGCGCAUACAUGAAGUACUGGAGGCACCACCGCACAUAGAUGUGCAACCGCCCACGGAUGGUGAGCGAGGCGGUGGUGGUGGUGGUGGCGGUGGUGCUGGGCUAACACAGCUGCGUCAGCUGUGGGGCAACUCCAGCAACUCGAUGCGAGUGCCAACUCGCAGCCGCACCUCCAACAGCAGCACACUGACCAGUCUGCGGGACGAGCCCGACCAACAGCUCGCCAGCCCGAGCAUGGACUCCACAGACUGGCGAAACUUUAUACGCUCCGAGUCGCAGAACUCGGUGCCAUCGUGGGCCUCCUCCAUUAGCCUGGACUGUCGUGCUGGCGAGGAGCCCGUCAAGGAGUUCAUGAAGCAUUUCACGGAGCUGUUGUUCAACAACUGUGCCGCUGUCGAUCUUGAGCUGAAGUCAGAGUUUGGCGUCCUGGUGCGUCUGGAAAUGGGUCGCCAGUGGUUCACCCGCUUCCUCAGCGAUCAGCGCAGCAAGUCGAAGCGUUUGAAUGUCCUCACAUUUCAAGCUCUGGCCCAGUAUUUCGCUCUAACCUUGUUCGAGUGCGGCGAGAGCGAGGAUUAUGCACCAGCGGCUGUCCUCAUGAAUUUAUGUUUCUUGUUCUACCAUGAAGUUGAAGUUCCUGGCUCUGAGCCGUAUCGUGAAUAUUUGUUCAUCUCGUUGCGCCAGCAGCCCAUUUGGCAGCAGUUGCGUUUCUGGAACGCCACUUUCCACGACUCUCUGCAAUCGGAGCGCGAACAUCGCCAUUCGGCACGUCUGCGGCGGCAGGAGCGACGUCAGCAAAAGCAGAAGCAACGGGACGAAGCCACCGGGGCAGGGGCAGGGGCUGGGGCCGGCGAUAUAUCCUUGGCGAAAUCGAUGCGGAAGCAAGCGGCUGAUUCCUCAUCCAGCUCCUCACAUCACAGCAAUGCUGCGGUGCAGACAAACGCCAAGGAAAUGCGCAAGCAGAGUAAAGCAAGCAUUUGUCCGCAAGCGGCCAAGGAUCAAGAGGACAUCGCAUUUCGGCAAUUAGGUGCCUUCACUUGUAAUAUGCACUCGCUGGGAACUACCCAAGAGUUGAGCCUAGAAUUUUUGAAAAAACAUGUGGUGGCGCUUAACUUAUCGAAAGAUAAGGCCAAGCUGAUAAGAGACAAUAUCUAUCGCAUGUAUCAUGAGACCGAACUUUGGGGCGCUAAAUAAGCCUAAGCCUAAGCACUAACCAUACAACAUAUAGAUGCGUCAUUUCACACAACGAAAACGUCCC